AUGAUUGCUUCACAGCAAAUAAACACAGCAUUACCAAUAAAACUACAGCCAGCCAAUCUUCGACCUAUAGUAUUCAGAAUUUUAACUAAAAAGCAUGGAUUAAAUGUAAAUACUGAAGCAUUAUCAAUAUUAACUGAAACAAUAAGUUUAAAAUUUGGUUUUAAUUGGAAAAGUAUACAAUCGAAUAAUUUUUUAGAAGAAAUUGCAAAAUUUUGGAAAUUAGAAGAUAGAGGAAUUUUCAUUGAUGGUAAUGGGUUAAAAGAUAUACUAAAAGAAUUAAAUCAAAAAGAUGAUGCAAUUAAAUUACAGAAAGCUAAAAGAUCAAAUACGAUAAUUGAUGAAAAUUCAAAUAAUGAAAUAAAUUUUAAAUGGGAAGAUUAUUUUCAUGUCGUAUCACCAAACCAACAACCUAUAAGUAUAUUUGAUAAGAAUAGAAAACAAUUUAACGUAUAUUUGAAAAGAGGUAAAUCUACAAUACUAAAUUCAUUGAAUUCAAACUUGAGCUAUAUGAUUGAGUCCAAGAACAAUCACUACUACUUAAUAAUGGAUAGAUUAUCAAGAAAUGAAAACUUUCAAAAAAUGCCAAUGUCGAGUAUAUCAAAUAUAUCUUCAAUUAUUGAUGAUUCAACUACAAAACAUAAUGAAAUAACAAUGAUUAAAAAUGUGUUAGGUAGAGAUGGUCAAAAAUUCUUAUUAUUUGGAUUACUUACUAAAAAUUCAACAGAUGAUUAUAUAUUAGAAGAUGCAACAGAUUAUAUUGAAUUGAAUUUAAAUCAAGCAAUGAAAAACAAAGGUUCAUUUUAUUGUUGUGGAAUGUAUGUACUAGUUGAAGGAAUUUAUUCUGCGUCAGGUGGGAACUUGAAUGCGAAACAAGACUAUAUUGGUGGAUGUUUUUAUGUAAGCAAUAUAGCUCAACCACCAGCUGAAAGAAGGGAUAAAAAUUUAGAUGCAUAUGGAUAUUUAGAUUUUUUGGGUGUUCAUAAAAAUAAUAUACAAUCUACAGUGAGUGAUAAAGCCAUCAAAAUUCCAAAAGAAUUUAGAAAAAAAAUGAUUCAAAUGGAAAAGUCGUUGGUGGGUCAUAAACUUAUAGUAGUGGGGAGUGAAUUACAUUUAGACUCAAACAAAGUUCUUGAAGGUUUAACUAAAUUUUUCAAACAUUUGGAAAAUUCAAUAAUUGAAUCAAAAGAUUUACAAAAUAGUUCAAUACCGUUAGCAUUAGUUUUAAUUGGUUCAUUUUCAUCAAAACCAUUAACAUCAACCAGUUCAUCAAUCACAAGCUUGUCAAAUUCCGAAAUAUAUAAAAGUAAUUUUGAUCAAUUAUCUCACAUUUUAAAUGAGUUUCCAAAUAUAGUAAACGCUUGCAAAAUAGUGUUGAUUCCAGGUGAUAAUGAUCCAUGGCAGUCAACUUUCUCAUUGGGUUCUUCAUGUUCAAACGUAUAUCCACAACCAUCUAUACCAAAAGUAUUCAUAAAUAGAUUAGAAAAAUUAUUACCAAAGGGCAAUUUAGUAUUAGCAUGGAAUCCGACUAGGAUCAAUUAUCUUUCACAAGAAAUUUUAUUAUUCAAAGAUCAAUUAAUGAAUAAAUUUAAAAGAAAUGAUAUUUUGUUUCCCUUAGAUCUAGAACUAGAAGAACAAAAAAAUUUAGAUGCAUUAAGCAAAGAAGACAGAAUAAACCAAUUAAUCCAAACAAAAGAUGUUAGACUAAGCAAUAAAAUUAAACAAGCAAGAAAACUAGUCAAGACUUUACUAGAUCAAAGUAAUCUACAACCAUUUGAUAAAAAAUUAAAAAUAGUAAAUCAAUCAAUGGAUUAUGCAUUAAGAAUUGAACCAUCACCAAAUUUAAUUAUACUAAAUGACUCGAAUUUUGAUAAUUUUGAAGUUAUUUAUCAAGGUUGCAGAGUUAUUAAUUUGACACUGGCUGUUAAUGAAAAUAUAAGAAAAUUCAAUUAUAUAGAAUAUUAUCCUGCUUUGAAAAAAAUAGAAUUUAAAGACUUGUAUUUUUGA